CGGCUGUGCUUGUCGGCAGAUUAACAAAACGUGAAACAGGCGGCCUACUAGAGGUAACUAGCAAGGUGCUGUGCUCGCCGGCAGAUCAACAAAACGUGAAACAGACGGCCCACUGGAGGCAACUAGCAAGGUGGAGGUGCUGUGCUUGCCGGCAGACCAACAAAACAUGAAGCAGGCGGCCCACUGGAGUAAACUAGCAAGUGUUCACCUGCAGAGGUGACCGUGACCCGCCGCGCGCCCCGCCGCCACAGCCUCGCCGUCCAUCUUUGUGGUGGUUGUUGUGUGGCGCGUCACAUCCACGCCGCCUCGCACACUGGCCUGUCACUGCUACACCUGCUUCCACACCUGCCACCGCGGCGCCCACACACCUGCCCAGCACCGAGCAAUGGAGCGCCGAGGCACGGGCCCCGCGAGGACACCCAGCAGAGGAAAAUAGUGCCAGCCUCCGGAACUUGGUGAUAAUGGCUGCAGAGCAGUAAGAAGCAUGUCAGUCUUUGUGGCUGGGGUGGAGUCGGACACUGCCCCUCAGACACGCUGCAGGAAGAAGUAUGAGACAAAGUAUAGUGCCAAAUAUGAGGAUGAAUACCAGUGGGUUAGUCCGUCCGCCAAGGGGGAGACGUACGCCCUGUGUCGCUGGUGCAUGGUGGACAUUUGUAUUAAGUCUGUUGGCGCCAAGGGCCUGCGGGACCAUGAGAUAACAGGACGCCACAAACAGAAAGCCAGCGACCAGCCUUCACUACCCCACCUUCCAACACCAACACCUCCACCACAGCCUCCACCACCACCACAGGCACCCCCAUCCUCAGCAACACCACAUCUUACAAAUGCCGUGUAUCCCGUGUUGGAGGUGGAGGGUGUGGUGGAGCAACACAGCGAAGUGCUCCCAGGCUCACCUCGCCCCCUGACACCUCAGACUCCUAACACUCCUCUCAGCCCUCAAGGCCAAGGGGAGGAGUUGACAGACCCACAGCCUGAGCUGCUGGGUUUUGGUGCCCAGCUGCCAACCUCCACAUCACAUGACUUGAUUGCUUCUGGGGUACCUGACUCAUCACAGCCAAAGGUGGUGGAGUCUUUGGUCAUAGAGUACGAUAACCCAGGUGUGUGUGAGGUGCCUGCACCUUUGCCAGCCAAGAACUCAUCUGCCACAAUAAAGAGGGAAGUGGAAGAAAAGUAUACGGUGAGCACAGAUGACUUGACAUGUAAUCUCUGCGGCCAAGAGUAUGAACAGUGGACACAGCUGAAAAAACAUUUGCUGGACCACAUUUUGAUUGCUCAGAAUUCUGCUGAAGGGAAGUCAAAGGCAUGUGGUCGUGGCAGAGGCAGAUCAGCCGGCAGCAGGGUGCUGGGGCGGCCGACACGCAGUGCUCAGCAGGCUGCAGUAGACCACCAGAGGCAGGAUAUCAUUACAAGUAAAAGAAACAUGUCGGUAAAAGCACCAAAGAGACGAGGCAGACCACGAGGCAGCAAAGCAAGAGGCUGUGUGCCCGUGGCAGCAGCUGCCCUCCGCGCAGCACCCUCACCAACCAAGAGGAGUGUGCGGCAACGACUGGAGCCUGAAGCUGAUAGUCUUCAAGAGGCUUCUGUAGAUGACCCUGCCACUGUUGAAGAGGAAGCAUGUGAUGACCCUGACCCAAGCUCUCAUAUCAUGAAGGAAAUGCAGCAAGAGAUGGAUGAGAGUGGAGCAAGCGAUGAAGAAAACAGUGAGGCUGGAGACACUGAUGGCCAGGCGGAGGAGUCUGGAAAAAGAAAGCCUGGGCCACUACAGUGUCGUGUAUGUCGCGUUGUCUUCUACAACAGGACUGAGCUGAGAGAACACCAGCGCUCUGAACACAACAAUGGGCGGCCAUAUCAGUGUGACCACUGCCAGAAGUUCUUCACUACUAAAAACCACAUGGAGGUCCACAUCCGCCACAAACACACCUUUGGUCCCAACCCUUGUCAGUGUGCCAUGUGUGGCAAGGUACUCUCCUCCAGGACAAACCUGAGAAUACAUAUGAGAAUACACAAAGGAGAGCGGCCUUUUGAAUGUCCAGUAUGCAAAAAGGCCUUCAGUCGCAAGGCCAAUAUGGAAAUGCAUCUUGUUUACCACACAGGGGAAAGACGGUUCACAUGUGAAGUCUGUGGCCAGUCUUUCUUUGCUAUCAAUGCCCUCAAGAGGCACACCAAGUUACACACAGGUGAAAGGGAUUAUGCAUGUGAGGUUUGUGGUGCAACCUAUGUGACGGGGACUGACCUGCGUCGGCACCGCCUCAAGCACAGCGAAGUGAAGCCUUACCCGUGCCACCUCUGUGAGAAGCAGUUCACACGGUCCCAUGACCUCAAGGUUCACCUGCGGUACCACAACAAGGAGCUACGCUACACGUGUGAUGUCUGCAACAAGCAGUUUGUGGAGUCCGGGAACUACAAACGUCACAUGCGGCGACACACUGGGGAGAGACCAUACACCUGUGUUGUUUGUCUACUCACCUUCUCACAGGUUCAUCACAUGAAGACUCACAUGAGAACAAGUCAUACUGAAGAAUCUGGUGCAGUAGAGGAAGGUCCUCAAGGAGCCAGCAGUGGGCGAGGAAGACCCCUUCCUCACCGCAACCCCAGACUACCCCUCAGAAGAACACCCAAACCCACUCAGAUGCAUCAGGCACCAGUUCCUCCUUCACAUAGUCACCCACAUUCUCACCCACACCUGGCACCUCACUCCCAUGCUGUAGGGAAUGCCAACAGUGUUGUAACACACUCAGGCCAAUCUGUUUCACCCCCCAUGGCUCACUCAGGGACUGUUUCAGGAACAGUAGCACCUCCUCACUCCACCCAGAUUUCCUCCUCGGGCGGAGCUCAUCAUCCAACAGCGGUGUCUGGGUUUCUGCACGGUUACAACUCGCAUAUAUACAAUCAUGGCGUCAUGCCACAUUACCCUUCCUUAUUUGAUAUGUGUCAACCUCAAAAUGGAGUCAAUCAUCUUCCCAUGCAUUAAGUGUUUAAUUUAAUUAAAGUAUUUAUAAUGAUAGAAAUAAUGCAUAGGAUAUUAAGUGAGCAUAAUUUAAAUUUCAAUCACUAAACCAUAAGCCUACAAAUCAUGUGUGCAGGUGUGUAUAUAAAAAUAUAAAUGUAAACUACAUGUAUACCUUGAUUUGGUAUUAAAAUUUUAGCUCAUGG